AUGUCAUGGGAUGCUUAUAUUGAUAAUUGACUAUUGCAAAAACGCACAGAGACGACGAAAUAUGAUAACUGUUGUAGUUCUUGUGCAAUAUUGUCAAAGUUUGAUGGAUCUAUAUGGGCUUGCUCUCCUAAUUUUAGGCUUUUGAACUACAAAUUGGAUAUCCCAGAUGAAGAUUCCAAAUAUUCUGAAAGGGUUUAUAUUAAUGAGGCUGCAAAUUUGGUUUAUACGAUGAAUCAUGAUGGUAAGUCGCCAAAUAAAGCAGGAAUCCGAAUAACAAACAAAAAAUAUUUAGUUGUGAGGUUUGAUUCAGAAGCAAAAAGUAUGUAUCUUAGAGGAAGAUUGGGUGGAGCUUGUGCAUGUAUGACGAACUUGUGUAUAAUAUUUGCGAGUUAUGACGAUAAUUCGAUUGUUACGUCUGAAACUGAGUAUCCAUUUGUGCAAAAUGCAGGAUUGACGAAUGAAAGGGUUGAGUCAUUAGCUGAUUUUCUGAGAGAGAGCGGAUUCUAA